CUGCCUUGAACUCUACCGUCCUGCUGCCAUGUUGGAUUGAAGGAUCGUUAUUGCUUUGGGAGUUCGGAAUGAAAGUUUAUAUUAUGCGGUCUGUCAAAAGUGGAAGAAUUAAAGAAUAAAUAGUUCACAGGAGUCAACGAGUCGCAUCCGCAUCUCCAGCGCAAUUAAGGACAACAUCAUAUCGGGUCUACUUGUAUGCGGAAUUCCUUACGGGAUGAACCGAGCGCAGGCCAUGUUGAUCUGUGAUUGCACAUAAAAUAAUCUAAUACGAGACAAACGCUCGAGUUUAUCCGCCUCAUCCGUAAACAUGAGCGGCCACCCGCCUCCGAGGAGGGUGGCAAAUGUGGGCUCUCUCCUCCUGACACCGCAGGAGAACGACUGUCUCUUCAACUACCUGGGCAGGAAAUGCAUCACAUUAUGCUCAGCAGUGGUCCAGGUUUAUGGGGCAGACAGGGGCUCGUCCUGGGCCAAGCGGUGCUGUGGUGUUGCCUGUUUGGUGAAAGACAACCCUCAGAGGUCUUAUUUUAUCCGUGUCUUUGAUAUCAAGGAUGGAAAAACUAAAUUUGAGCAGGAGCUCUACAAUAAUUUUGCUAUUAGUAGUUCAAGAGCAUACUUCAUUACCUUCGCGGGAGAUUCUUGUCAGAUGGGCCUCAACUUUGCCAGUGAAGAGGAAGCCAAAAGAUUUAGGAGCGCACUCAACGAACUGCUAAACAGACGACAGAGGAAAACCGAGAAAAGGCGUGACCCACCAAAUGGACCCACUCUCCCGAUGGCGACGGUGGACAUCAAGAAUCCGGAGAUCAACAACAUGCGCUUCCACAACAAUUCCCACGUGAAUAACAUGGUGCACAGUGGCCUUAACAAGAAGGAAAAAAAGGUCAAGGGCAAGAGGAAGAAGCUGACAAAGGCUGACAUCGGGACACCAAGCAACUUCCAGCACAUCGGUCAUGUAGGAUGGGAUCCGAACACAGGCUUCGAUUUGAAUAAUUUGGACCCAGAGCUGAAGAACUUGUUUGACAUGUGUGGCAUUUCUGAAGCCCAGCUCAAAGACAAGGAGACGUCUAAGGUCAUCUACGACUUCAUUGAGAAGAAGGGUGGUGUAGAGGCCGUGAAGAAUGAGCUGAGGAGACAAGGUCCUCCCAGGUGGUUUGCACCCCCACCUCCACCUUCCCGAGGUGGUCCACCUCCCCCACCCCCUCCUCACACCUCUGGACCCCCACCCCCACCGCCUCCCGUGAGGGGACGAGGAGCGCCUCCACCCCCUCCUCCUUCAAGAGCACCUACGAGCGCUCCUCCGCCACCGCCUCCAUCUCGGCCUAGCAUGGGAGCGCCUCCACCACCACCACCCAGCAGAGGGCAUCCACCUCCCCCUCCACCUGCACCUGCCUCCAUGCCGCCUCCCCCACCACCGCCACCUAUGUCCGGAGGGGCUGCGCCUCCUCCGCCGCCUCCUCCUCCACCACCUCCCGGACCUCCUCCUCCUUCUGAAAUGGAUGGAGGCCACGGUGAAUCAACGCCUCCGCCCGCGGGUGGGAAGUCAGCUCUUCUGGAGCAAAUCAGGGAGGGCACACAGUUAAAGAAAGUGGAGCAGAACAACAGGCCAGUGUCAUCCACAGGACGCGACGCACUGCUUGACCAGAUCCGACAAGGCAUCCAGCUCAAAACGGUAUCAGAUAAUGACUCAGGACCACCCACCCCUGCUCAGUCAGCGGGCAUUGUUGGAGCUCUGAUGGAGGUGAUGCAGAAGAGGAGCAAAGCCAUCCACUCCUCAGAUGAAGAUGAGGAUGAUGACGAAGAUGAAGACUUCGAGGACGAUGACGAAUGGGAUGAUUAAUCCCCCAACACUAACCCAACCCAGUAGAGUAAAUGAUACUAAAUUCUCACUUCCCCAAAUUUUACUAUCAUUCUGUGCAUUUUUUUUUCCCAAAUCGCUGUAUAUUUUUGUUGCCUUUUUUUUUCUUUUUCUUUUUUUUUUAAUAAUCUGUGCAAUACCUCAUGUAAUCUGUAAAGUAUUGUCAUUUAUCCUCUGUAAAAUAAUCUCCUGGAAUAACCAAGUGAAGAUUUAUGCCAGGAAUUCAUGAUUUGUUGACCUGAAUGUUUUUUGUUUCCCUGCGAGUGGGGAAAGGGAGAUGGACGGGACGCUCCACGUCCUUAUUAAUUGUUGAUUAAUGAUUUAGAUAACACUAUUUUCAUACCCUACUUUUCUGUACCUUCGAUUUUCUUAUUCAAAUCCUAGUUUAGCAUUCUUAGAUUUGGUAAGAGGUUCUCCUAUCAGAAUAUGUAUGUCCCCUGUAUUGUUUCCCUUGUAAAUGUACACCAGGCUGAUAUAUUGAGGCUAUAUAUAUUUUUGCACGAAUAACAAAAGAAAAAGGAAAUUCACUGCAGGAAAGAGAACACAUUGGCUGAACUCAAAAUGUGAUUUCUGUGGUAAUCACGAACAGCGUCACACUACAUUGCACGUCACAAAGUAGACAGUUUGGAGUUUUUAAAAUCACUUUAUUAACGAGAAAAUAAUAGAGGGUAGAUUCCAACUGGCAAAGCCAUGAGUACAGCUUGCUCUUAAAUGUGAAAGCCAUCAGUUCACACAAAUAUAGAAUUUCCUGUCAUAUCAAGUAAAUAUGAGAAGAAAAAAGCACUUCACAAAAUGCAAUUUAAAGUUCCGUUUGUUACACGCUUUUACAGGUCAAUGUUUAUCUGACAGCUACAUUUAAGGUCAAAAAAUACAUAAGAGGCAAACCUUUGUGUACAAUUAAUGCUGGUUUAACAGUAUUGUUUGUCUGGACUGAAUUUGCUGUCCUUGUCCUAUAAGGAUAGUUCUGAAAUAAAUUGUAAAAUUGACAUCAGAUCUUACAAGAGGAGUGGAAUGUGGAGAGAGAACACUAAAUUCUAUACUUAAAUAAAUGGUAAUAUUUACAAACCUGA